ACACAUCACUGGGUGCCCCGCACUCAGCGUUUGUUUGGUGGUCAAAUAGUCGGCCAGGCCCUUGUAGCUGCUGCCAAAUCUGUCAGUGAUAAUCUCUACGCCCAUUCUCUCCACUGCUACUUCGUACGAGCAGGGGAUCCUAAGGUUCCAGUGCUGUACCAGGUGGACCGCACAAGAGAUGGUCACAGUUUCACAGUACGCUCUGUCAAGGCCAUCCAGCACGGACAGCCGAUACUUAUCUGCCAAGCGUCCUUCCAGAAGCUACAGCCGAGUCCACUGCAGCACCAGUUCACCAUGCCGGUGGUCCCUCAGCCUGAAGACCUCCUCACCGCGGAGGAGCUUAUUCAUCUUUAUCUCAGUAAACCAGACCUUGCAGAGAAUGCGAAAGAAGGCCUUAACAAACUGCUGGCUAGCGAGAUUCCCAUUGAGAUAAAGCCAAUCAACCCACCACAGUUAUACAGACUUGCUGCAACUGAGCCUAAGAAGGUGUUCUGGGUGCGAGCACGAGGAUAUAUUGGUGAAGGCAACAUGAAGCUGCAUUGCUGUGUGGCUGCUUAUGUAUCAGACUUUGCAUUCCUGGGCACAGCUUUGCUGCCUUAUCCCGACUACAGGGCCAAGUUCCUAGCAUCCCUGGACCACGCCAUGUGGUUCCACAACACUUUCCGCAGUGAUGAAUGGAUGUUGUAUGAGUGUGAGAGCCCGUGGGCAGGGGGCAGCAGGGGACUGGUUCAAGGCCGACUGUGGAGAAGAGAUGGGGUGCUGGCUGCCUCGUGUUCCCAGGAGGGUGUCCUCAGAGUGAAACCAGUCACAGAGCCCAGCAAACUAUAAGCACAUGUCCAAGGUUUUAUUUUGUAACUCUAAUCAUAUCAAUUGUAACUUAAUUUAAGACAUAAAAUGACCAGAAAAAUAAAUAUGAUUGUUUUAUUAAUGCAAAAAUUAAUUUAUUUCUAAUCAAUAAAUGUGAACAAAAAGGUUUUAA